AUAGGCGAGAGCAUAUUAAGUUAACAAUAUUUAAAAAAUAUUAAAACAAAAAAGAAACAAAAAAGAAAAAUUCAAAAAAUUUAAUUAAAUUAAAUUUAAUUAGUUACAAAAGAAAAAUUAAUUUACAUACAUACAUAUAAAGUUAAAAUUCCGUUCAAUUAAUAUAUAAUACAAAUUAUAUUACAUACAAAAUAUAUAUGUAAUAUUAUAUAGAAAAAAAUAAUUUAUGUAAAAUAUUACAAUUAUCAUUUUUAUUUAAAAUAUAAUAUAAUAUAAAAAAUUACAAUAAAAAAUAAUAAAAAUGAAUUCCAGUUUAGCAUUUGAAAUUUUAAUGUAUUUAAAUUCAUUUUAUUUUGGUAUGUUUUCAAUAUGUGAGUUAAGUAUUUGUGUUUUAAAGGCAAUUAACUUGAAUUAUGAUCCAACAAUUUUAUUAAAAGAUUCUUGCGGUUUAGUAUUAUUAUGUAUAGUUGAAGCUAUUAGGAUAGUAUUAGGACGAAAAGGAAGUAUAAGCGAUCGAGAUAGUUGGACAGGAAAUCAAAGAGCGUCUUUUAGUUCGACAUCUGGCCGACCAGGAUGGCAAGUAAUUUGUUCUGUGAUCCUUACAUUCCCUUGCACUGCAGGUGUGGUUUAUUUCUUAUUUUUUCAAGCGCACAUUCUAAAACUCGAAUUAAUUUUAUGUUCCUUAAUGUUGGGAAUGCAAAUAUCGGAAAUUUUAGCAGCUAUCGGAUGUAUUAUUGGUUUAUGUCGACCUGAAUCAUAUACCUAGCAUUGGCUAAAACAGGCCAUUCAAUUUUUAUUGAAUUUGGCGAAGCGUCAUGCAAAAUAUAUUCCAAAAUAUUAACACGUCAAUCAAAAUAAAAUGCAAAAACAAAAUAAAAAAAAAAUAAAAAAACCAAGAAUACAACAACAACAACAGAAAAAAAGUCAUACAAAAUUUUUGAUGUAAAAAAGCAAAAAUACUCACAUGCAUACAUACAUACAUAUAGUAAUAUGGAAGCCUAUCAAAUUAAAAUAAAAAGAAGUAAGAAUUUCGAAUAAUAAAAAAAUAAAAGAGCAAUAGCAACAAUAAGAAUCAGGAAAAAAAAACCAACAAAAUAAGAAAAUUUUUUCUUCCGUUUCAAAAGAAAAUUUUAUUGAAAUCAUAAAAUGGUUACCAAUUUUUUAAAACAAAACUCAAAGAGUAAAAAGCUAAACACAAGAAAAACAGCAGAAGAAGAAAAUAGCAAAAAAUAUAUUCGAUUUUUUUUUUGUUUGUUGUUGUGAAAA